GUGGCCAAUGUCUUCCUUUUGGCUCCUAAAUCUCUUGCUCCUCAUCCAGCCAGCUUUUCAGGUAUCAGACAGUGACAGCUUUCUGAUAUAUAAUGAAAACCUCAAGCUUUGUAUACAAUCUCAGAAAUCUGGUUCCAUCAUCGUGGACAACUGUGAUGAGGAUAAUGAGGGGCAACAUUUCAAGUGGGUUUCCAAUGACCAGAUUUUGAACAUGGCAGUGAAGUUAUGCCUGGCAGUGCCUUCCAAGUCAAACCUGGUUGCCCUCACCCUCUCCCCCUGUAAUGAGACGACUGAACUUCAGAAAUGGGAAUGCAGAAAUGACAGCCUCCUUGCUCUCAAACAGGAAGACUUAUUUUUAAAUCCUGAAAGUGGCCCCCAAAGCCGUGUUAUGCUGUCUAAAGCAGCCACCAGUACCUGGAAGAUCUAUGGAACAAAAGACAGUUUGUGUUCCAAGGGCUAUGAAGCUCUGUAUACCUUAAGAGGCAAUGGUUUUGGAGCCCCCUGUGUGUUUCCAUUCAAGUAUCGGAAUAAAUGGCAUGCUCAGUGCAUAAGAGAGGAUGAUGAGCAUGGACAACUUUGGUGUGGAACAACUGCAGAUGUGGAUAGAGACUCUUUACGAGGAUACUGUCCAAGGAAAGAUGACCGUGAUGAAUUAUUCUGGACCAGAAACCAAUGGACAGGGGAUCUCUACCAGAUCAAUUACCUCUCAGUUCUAACAUGGUACCAAGCAAGAAAAAGUUGUCAGCAACAGAAUGCAGAAUUACUGACUAUCACAGAUCUACAGGAACAAGCGUACCUGACAGGAUUAAUAAAUGAUAUAUCUACUUACUACUGGAUUGGUCUGAACGCUUUGGAUCUUGACAAUGGAUGGCAGUGGAUUGGCAACCAUCCUUUUAGAUAUUUAAAUUGGUCUCCAGGCAGCCCAUCCCCAGAAACAGAAAAAAUCUGUGGAUCAAUGCAGUCUACAAAUGGCAAAUGGCAGAAUGAAAAGUGUCAACAGAAACUUGGAUACAUUUGCAAAAAAGGAAACUCUUCACUGGAUGUUUCUCUUAUUCCCACAGAUGGCUUAAAGCCUAUUAAAUGUCCAGAUGGCUGGGCUGCAUAUGCUGGCCAUUGUUACCGCCUCAACAGACACCCCAAGACAUGGAAAGGGGCAUUGCUGUCCUGUCGAAGGGAACGUGGAGAUUUAUUAAGUAUACACAACACUAUGGAACACAGCUUUGUCAUUUCACAGCUAGGCUACCAGCCAACGGAUAUUCUAUGGAUUGGACUAAAUGACCAGAAGACUCUGAUGUAUUAUGAAUGGAGCGAUGGCUCUACAGUGAGAUUCACCAAGUGGCAGAAAGGAAAACCUACACAAAUUAAUGGUGUGCAAAGCGACUGUAUCAUCAUGAAUGGAGAGAGGGGCUACUGGGCAGAUAAUUAUUGUGAAGAGGAACUUGGUUACAUCUGCAAAAGAGAACCAUUGGCAUUUCUUUCUGAAGAAGCUGAAACUGCCAGUCCAGAUUGCCAGAAAGGCUGGAAAAGGCAUGGAUCCUAUUGUUACUUAAUUGUACAAACAUCUGCAACAUUUUCAGAAGCACAGACAUUCUGUGAAACAAACAAGGGAUCUCUGACUUCUGUGGAGAACAGAUAUGAGCAGGCCUACCUGACUAGUCUAGUUGGGUUUCGUUCUGAAAAAUAUUUCUGGAUCGGCCUUUCAGAUGUAAAGCAACCAGGCACAUUCCACUGGACCAAUGGAGACAGUGUUCUGCUCACCCACUGGAAUGCAGAAAUGCCUGGUCAGCUUCCGGGCUGUGUUGCCAUGAGAACUGGGACUGCAGCUGGAUUGUGGGAUGUUGUGAACUGUGAGGAGAAGGCACCUUUCAUCUGCAAACAACUGGCAGAAAUUGUGACAACUCCUGCCCCAACAACAAUUCCCCCUCCCCCAUGCCCAGAAGGAUGGCAUCCAAGCAAUUCUAGAAGCGUGUGCUUUAAAGGCUAUAACAAAGACCUUCGGGACAAGAAAACUUGGUUUGAAGCAGAAGAUUUUUGUAGAACAAUUGGGGGGAACCUCAUGUCUGCUCACAAUAAGGAAGAGCAUCAGCUGCUAAAAAGAAUUUGUGACAGCUUGUGUUGGAUUGGUUUAAAUGAGUUGGAGCCCGAUAAAGGAUUUUCUUGGACUGAUGGAUCUCCUCUUGACUUUCAAGAAACCUUUCGGCCUUACAAAGACUACGAUUGCAGAGGAGUGAUUCUACAUUAUUUAUGGUGGAUAGUUGAAUGGUGUGAGAAUUAUCACAGCUGGGUUUGUCAAAUAAAGAGAGGUGUACCAUUAAAACCGGAACCAAGCAAUGAUUUUGCAUAUCCAUUUCAAGUAACUGAAGACGGCUGGAUUGCAUUCAAUGGCACUGAGUACUAUUUCAGUAACACAACUUUAACUGCAGGAAGAGCCCGGAGAUUCUGCAAAAAGCACAAUGGAGAUCUUGCUGUUAUUGAAAGUGGAAGUGAAAACAAGUUUUUGUGGAAAUAUGACAUUACUUUCAGAACUGAAGGAAACAUUUUCAUUGGUUUAAUUCUGGGUCCGGAUAGAAGUUUUGGCUGGGUGGACAGAACUCCAGUGACCUAUGUAGCCUGGGCACCCCUGGAACCCAACUUUGCAGACGAAGUCGAAUUUUGUGUGAUCAUGUAUCAUAAAACAGGCUUAUGGAAUGACAUCAAUUGUGAAACUGAGAAUAGAUUUAUCUGUGAAAGGCGUAACAGUUCUGUCCCUUCAACUGUUGCUCCGACAACGCCUGAACCUCUUGGAGGCUGUCCUCAAGGCUGGCACUUCUUUGGUAACAAGUGCUUCCAACUAUUUGGCCUUCAUGAAGAAGAAAGAAAAAACUGGUCUGAUGCACAAGCUACUUGUGAAGAUCUAGGAGGAAACCUGGCUAGUAUUCCAAACAAAGUCGUUCAAGCAUUCCUGACACUGCAUUUACAAAGUGCUUCCACUGAUCCUUGGAUUGGACUGAGUAAUACUUAUAGUCGAGGCACAUUUGUAUGGAAAGAUAGAAGUGUUGUCUAUUAUACAAACUGGGCCAAAGGCUUCCCACUUGGGAAUUAUGAUAAAACCGUCUGCGUUUUUAUAACGAAGGAACCUGAAAGAGAGGCAGGAAAUUGGAGAAGUGGAAAUUGCUAUUCAAAGAAAAGCUACAUCUGCCAAAGAAACACUGACCUUGCAUUUUCACGCUCUGAAAUGACGAUUCCAGUCUCUGGCUAUACCCUCUUUGGAAACAGCAGUUACUCUCUUGCUGGCCCCAAAAUGACAUGGGAAGAGGCCAGGAAAAAAUGCAAUUCCGAACAGGCAGAGCUCGCCAGCAUUUGGAAUCCCUACAUUCAGUCAUUCCUGUGGCUACAGGUGUUAAAAUAUAGGCAGCCCAUGUGGAUUGGCUUGAACAGCAAAAUGACUGGUGAGCAAUACAAGUGGAUCAACAACCGGAGACUGACAUAUACUAAUUGGGCUCCUGAAGAACCAAAGCAGAAGAUAGCCUGUGUCUACCUAGACCUUGAUGGUCACUGGAAAACAGGAACUUGCAACGAAACAUUCUUCACGGUCUGUGAGCGACAUCAUGGUGACAUCCCAGCGGAAGCACCACAGCGGCUAGAAGAAUGCCCUUCAUCAAAAGGAUACCCAAAAGCUUGGGUUCCUUCUCGGACUCAUUGCUAUCAAUUCUACCCUACGUCAAAUACAUGGGCACAAGCAUUUAUAAGAUGUACUCAGCUAGGUAGCACCUUGACUUCAAUAGAAGAUUUAGCUGAGCUGGAAUUUUUGGUGGAACACACUCAGCAAUUCCGUCAACGAGAAUUUUGGAUAGGAUUAUUCAAAAAUAUAGAUGGAGAAUGGGUAUGGGAAGAUAACACUGCACUGGAUUUUAUUAACUGGAAAGGUGAAUACCCCAUAUUUGAUCCAGAAUAUGAAUUUAUGGGACCCGCUUCUGGUCUUCCUGACUAUUGGAACUAUUGCAUUUUCAUGUAUGGUGAUAGUGGAGAGUGGAUCAGGGGAGACUGCACACAUUCGCGUGGAUUUAUUUGUAAAACAAACAAAGUUUUUGAAGAGGCAAGUGGAGUACCUACAAAAAGUACAGUAGAGCAAGAUGAUGUUCCAGAAUUACUGCAAGGCAGACUGAUGAUGGUGGUUCUCCCAGCUCUCCUCAUCGUUAUUGCUGUGGGUGCUGCAGUCUAUAUUUUCUACAAAAGAAGACACAGACAGCCACAAACUUUACUAGCGGGUGUCGAGACCCUUUCGCAUCAGGACAGCACAAUAGUUUCUCAGAAUCAGUACUCAGAAUUUAUUGUGGAGAAGCAAGAGGGGGAUUAAUACAUUCAGGCACAAAUGCUAUGCACAUUUACAUAGGAGUAAGUGCCACUGAACUCAAUAGGACUUACUUCUGAAUGAGCAGGUUUAGGAUUAUACUGAUAAUUCAUUUAUUUCAAAGAAGUAACCAUUGUUGGGAAUUGUCCCAAUAUGCAGGGGCACUUUCUACAAAUGGAGUCAGGAUGUAGAAUGCUCUGAAUGUGUAAUGUUUAUUCAAUAAAAAUAUAUU